UCCCGUGCCAGGACUUGCGGCGGCUGCAGCGGCACCUCGAACUGGGGGAAGUGUCGGGUCGGUGUGGGGCUGAGCAGCAACUACAGCGGGAGUCGUAGUGGUAGUACUAGGAGGAGUAGAACGCGGCACUUCCACGGAGAAACACCGAGAAGAGGUACCGGGACCGAGGGAAGCAGCAGUGAUCGGGGCUUGAGAGCACAUUCCAGCGGAGGAGAAAAUGAGACCAGCCUGCUCGGAGCCUGUGUGACGGGGCUGAAGGCUCUUUGACUCCGGACAUUGUACCAACUCUUCCCCUGCAGCAGCAGCAGCAGCUCUGACUUAGAAAGAAAACCAGAGGAGGAAGACUCUAAAGUUUCUAGCUUUAAAAGGAAGUUCCCAAGACUCAAAGAUGGAGGAGGGAUACGAACUGGACCUCACGUAUAUCACAGAGCGCAUCAUCGCAGUGUCCUUCCCCCGGGGUUGCACAGAGGAGGUCUACUCGCACAACCUGAAGGAUGUGACGCGGAUGCUCAAGUCCAAGCAUGCAGACAAUUACCUGAUUAUCAACCUCUCUGAGAGAAGACACGAUCUCUCGAGAAUGAACCCGAAGACCCUGGACACAGGCUGGCCCGACCUGCAUGCUCCGCCUCUGGAUAAGAUCUGCACCAUCUGCAAGGCCAUGGAGGGCUGGCUCAAUGCGGACCCUCUACAUGUGGCGGUUAUACACUGCAGGGGCGGCAAAGGUCGAAUCGGUGUUGUCAUUUCAUCAUUUGUGCAUUUCACCGACGUGUCUGCCAGUGCUGAUCAGGCAUUGGACCGCUUCGCCAUGAGGAAAUACUACGAUGAUAAGGUCUCAGCGCUGAUGACACCUUCCCAGAAGCGGUAUGUUUGGAUCCUCAACAGCCUCCUGAGUGGAUCCAUGAAGAUCAACGCCUCCCCCUUGUUCCUGCACUGCGUCAUCCUGCACGGGAUACCGAACUUCGACGCCACCGGAGUUUGUCGUCCCUACAUCAGGGUUUACCAGGGGAUGCAAGCGGUGUAUUCAUCUGGAAUCUAUCACAUCGGUCCAGGCCACCGGGACCGGGUAUGCAUCACCCUGGCGCCCGCCCAGCUACUAAAAGGGGACAUCAUGAUUAAAUGCUAUCACAAAAGCGACCAAUCCUCAGAGCGUGAAGCCAUUUUCCGGCUCCAGUUCCACACCGGAGCAGUGCAGGGCUACAACCUGAUGUUUGAGAAAGAGGACAUGGAGACCGCCAGCAAAGAUCCCAGAUUUCCAGAUUACGGGAAAGUGGAACUGGUGUUCUCCGAGGGACCAGAGAGAAUCCCAGGUGCCGACAGGUGGCAAAACGGGUCGGAUGUUAUUGUGGACUACAACACGGCGGAUCCUCUCGUCCGCUGGGACUCCUACCAGAACCUCUGUGACGGCGAAGCACCCCGCUCUCAAGGCCUAACCCAGGACAAAGCGGCCAACAAGAGGAGCCCCGGCGGAGGAGAGGCGACGCUGGGCCGAGGCGCCCGCACAACCUCCAGCACCUCCAGCCCUGACCAUAGCGACCACGCCCUCUCCGUCAGCAGUGACUCUGGCCUGUCCAGCACUUCCCUGUGGGCGGACAGACCCACGCCUGCCAACACAGCCACCAUCAAGGCUAACCAGCAGGGCCCCAGCCAGCAGGAGAAGGUCCAGCUGAAGCGCCUCCUUAGCGGCUUCGGUCUUGAGGACCCCUCGCUGGAGGAAAUGGAUGACCAAGGCCCUAGGGUGGGCAUCCAGACGAUAGUUCCAGCACAGGUGCACAUCAACGGGGACGCCCGACCCCGAGAGAGGGAAACGGACAUCCUGGAUGAUGAGGUGAUCACAGGUCAUGAUCUGCACAGCGUGGACAGCCUGGGGACCUUGUCGUCGUCCUGCCACAAGAGCAGCCAGAACUCCCUGCUGUCGGAUGGCUUCGGAAGUCCUGGAGGAGAGGAGCAGCCGAGCCAUACCCAGCAUCACCUUCCCGCACCCCCACCCAUGGAGGAAUAUGAGCGAGUCUUCGCUGAGUCUGGAAGGGGCUGUCUGAACUCCAGGAGCAACUCGGUGGCCUCCUCGAAUCCCAGUAGUGCUGCCAUGCCCAAGCAGCACGUCUACAGACAGGGGAGCUACUCCACACAGUCCUGGGUUCGCCAGCAGCAGAUGGUUGCUGCACAACAGUUUAUCUACAUGCCAGACGAGGGAAACGAUGCAGAGAGAUACCCAGGAAACAAGCAGGGGGUCAGUUUACCCAAAGGUGGCCUACCCGCUGAACCCAAGGGCCCGACCAGGGACACUACAGUGGACACUUUGAGAAACACUGCACCCAUCAAGGAACAGACAACUAUGAACAAUAACAACAACAACAAACAGGAUGACGAGUUCAAAUCUUUAACGAUGGACAUUGACAACUCCAUCGAUCAGCUCAACCAGCUCAUCAUGGACCUGGAUCCCACGUUCGUGCCGACAUCCAGCCGCAGCAAUUCCAUCAAGAGGAAUGGCAGCACGCACGUCAACAGCUCGGCGGGCAAAUGCACCAAUGGCAUCAACGAUAGUAACGCAGCAACCCCGACAAACACGCAGCAGACAGCUGUCCAGUCCAGCGAGGGGCGGGUGGCGGCCACACGGAGUCUGAGUCGCCAAGGAAGUGAAGUCGCGGAUCAGCCGAGCUUCUGUAGCUCAGGGUGGCGCGGGCCGGAGGAGUACAGGGGCCAGCGGACGUAUUCCCCCUGUGUGCCACAGUCCCAGCAUCGCAUGUUGUUCAGGACAGACAGCGCCGACUACAAGGCUCAGGGCCCAGACAUGGACGGCAGGGUCGAGGCCGGGAGUGAUAUGACCCCACCCACUCCUGGCUUCCCCAUCUCUCCACCCACACCGUAUGUGAAAAAUAUGUCAGAAUUGAUUGACCACAUGCAAACGCCAUCUCCUAGCGUGCAGUCAUAUGGCGGCUACAGAACAGACCACGAGCCCCGGGAAUAUUCGGAGAUGAUCGGCCAUGUUGGGGUUGAAAGGCUGCCCGACUCCUCCAUCAACUGCCACAGGAUGCCAAGUGCUACAAACUCGUCCUCAAUGGUCGGGACCCUUCAACGGACAGAGAGCUCAUCCAUGAGCCAGUCCUGGCCAGAGCAUCCGUUGCUGACUCGCCACUCCUCCCUGAGCAGCUACUCCUCCACCAGGCAACCGCCGCAGCACUCCAUGUCUCUGGACUAUGGCCACCACUCUCCUCCCCUGCACCACCCGCAUAUCCACCCCGCCCCCAACGCCCACAGCUCCCCUCGAAGCAGCCAGCGAAGCUGCAUGGCUCGCUAUGCUCUCAGCCACAGUUCGGUUCAAAGCUUCGACGAGCCAGACGGCUACGGCACGGACUGCCCCGGCUCCUCUCUGCUGGGAAACGGAGGCAUGGACAGGAAUCUUUUGACCUCCAUGGACGGUCAGGGUCAGUUCCAGAUGCCCCAGGUGCAGCCCCCACUUCUGCCUGAGAAGAAGAGGGCGUCAGAGGGGGAGCACUCGCUCGGAACAGCCUCUCCAGCCCCCAGCGGGUUCUCCAGUCCCCACAGUGGGAGCUCUGUGAGCAUCCCCUUCCCCAGUGUCUUGCCUGACUUGUCAUCUUUGACACCAGGCACUGCCUCACCUCUGCCAGAUGUGCUUGCCAGCAAGCAGCUUACUGUCAAGUUUGUUCAGGACACAUCAAAAUUCUGGUAUAAGCCAGAUAUCUCAAGGGAUCAAGCCAUCUCGGUCUUGAAGGACAACGAGCCUGGCUGCUUCAUCGUCCGGGACAGCCACUCCUUCAGGGGCGCCUAUGGGCUGGCGAUGAAAGUUGCCACGCCGCCACCCUCUGUUCUCCAGCUGACCAAGAAAGGGGGGGAUCUAGCCAAUGAACUAGUCCGCCACUUCCUGAUUGAGUGUACGCAGAAAGGAGUUCGGUUGAAGGGCUGCCCCAACGAGCCUUAUUUUGGAAGUUUAACAGCAUUGGUCUGCCAACAUUCGAUCACUCCCCUGGCCCUGCCCUGUAAACUCAUUAUACCCGACAGAGAUCCUCUCGAAGAUGUCGUGGAGAACAGCUCACAGACAGUCACCAACUCAGCCGCGGAGCUGCUAAAACAGGGAGCAGCCUGUAACGUGUGGUACCUGGGCUCAGUGGAGAUGGAGUCCCUGACGGGCAUCCAGGCGGUGCAGAAGGCCACCAGCAUGACCCUGAGCUCCAACCCUCCGCCGACCUCCACCGUGGUCCACUUCAAAGUUUCCUCCCAGGGAAUCACCCUCACUGACAACCAGAGAAAGCUUUUCUUCAGGAGACAUUACAACGUCAGUACAGUCAUAUUUUGUGCAUUGGACCCUCAAGAUAGAAAGUGGAAAAAAGAUGGCUGCACUUCAGCAAAGAUCUUCGGCUUCGUGGCGAGGAAAUCCGGCACUUCCAUGGACAAUAUAUGUCACCUGUUUGCAGAGCACGACCCAGAGCAGCCGGCGAGCGCCAUCGUCAACUUUGUCUCUAGGGUGAUGAUCGGCUCCCAGAAGAGUAAGUAGGACAGAGCCGAUCACACGGUCACCUGGACAGACUUUAACUGAGAGCAGGAAAAAAAACAAGUAAAGACGGAAAGACUGAAACAAUGGAUAAAGGUUUACGGAGUGAAGAUGGUGAUCGAGCUGUACAUUGACCCUGGAUAUUACCUGGUUAUUAUUUACACUCCCUUACCAGCACCAGGACUUUUAACUUCAUCUUUCAAUAGACAAAAUAUAUAAAUCCCAUUGUUUUUAAAUUGUAUUUCCUGUAAAAUGAACUAAAUUAGCAAAUCAAACAUCUAAAUCAUAUGAAAUGUGUUAUUUGUUUCCUUCAAUAUCUUAUACUGUUAGAUAUGUAAUUAUUCUCAUCAUAUCUUAAAGGAUAUAACAUAAGGGCUGCUUUUCCUUUUCAUGCGUAGAUGCGGACAAAUCAAGAAAACAUGACGUUUGCAUGUGACUUUUUUUCCCUCUAAUAUUUGACCAAAAAAACCUGUUGUAAAGUUUGUAGCCAAAGUAGAACAACCUCUCUGCUGCAUCUUCCUCAUGGAAUUUAAAUGUGCAAAGCUAAUAUGUAUAAUUUGGACUCUGAAGCAGGCUACAUCAUAAACAGGAUUAUCUUAUUUAAUCUAUGCAAUGUAAAUGUUUUAUUUUUUUAAACUACGGCCUUUUGUGCAUGUGCAGCGCGCACACGAGGCCUCUGGACUUUUUCUUCCUUAGGUGUUUGUGAAUAUGACCACUUAUAAACCGUUAGAUGAAAGUGUGUGUGUGUGUGCGUGUGUGUGUGUGUGUGUGUGUGUGUGUGUGUGUGUAUGUGUAUGUGUGUGUGGGCGCAUGUGUGUGUGGGAGGAACCAUAGAAAAAAAAUAUUUUAAUGCUAAUAUAUAUUGAAUUGACUGGAGUUGGAUAAAAUAACCCACACAUCAGUACUUUGUGUAGGAGAUCGUGGCCUUCCACUCACAGCUGCCAAAUAUGACUUUGUUUUGUCCGCUCUGCUGGGACACGGGUCACGUGGCAGUGUCUGGGUAUCGAACACUAGCCAGCGUACGCGGCUCUGUACCUUCAGUUUGACAGACGCCUUCACUGCAUUAGUGUUUUUUGGAGGAAAAACAAAGUGUUGGAAUUGCACAAUGAAAUGUAGUAUUUGACAUAUUUAGCCGGUCAUCUGUCAAUGACAUAUACCUCCUCUGGGAGAAACAUGUUUAUUAUCCCGCUGAGUGUUUGUUGACAUGUAUAUGAGAUGAUGACAAUUUUUUUUCUCCCUUUUUAAUUAUUUGUGUGUGUUGGCUAUGGGGGCAGCCAUUUUAACCAGAGAGGGACCGAAACUACCACCACGAUAAAGCUCUGUUGAUAUUCUCACAUUGAUUAUGUUCACGUUUGUUAUGUUUUUAUAAUUUGUUUUCAUGACCUAUUAUCCGUACCUCAUACUUAUCUCAUACAAUACUGUGCCUCUGUUUAUAACAUGCUACAUGUGAGCGGUUUAUUUGUAUAUUGACUUUUGCAUUGUUUGAUGUGUUCUGUAAAUAAACAAAAGGAAACAUUUGAUGUAAUCCUGGUGAUCCCAACCCCUUAAAUUAAAAGUUGGACGUAGA